AUGGAUCCAAAGAAGCCUCUCACGCUUACUAUGACGGGCAUUCCUUCCCUGGGCCGGGGAGGGGGACUACAGCCUCAGGAGCCGGCUGUAGGACGUAGCAGAGGGCUGCUGCUCUCUGCAGAAGGGCCUGGGAUAGGACGAGCCAGAGGUUUCCCCACUUUUAGCGAUACACCACAUGGACGAGGAUUAACUCUACCGAUUACUGACCCUGUGGUUGGCCGAGCCAGAGGGCUGCUCUUCCAAGCAGGUGAUUCAAAGGUAGGGGUGGCAAGAGGUGCAAUCCUGCCUAGUCUGGGGCCGCAGCACGGACAGACUCCACAUGAAACUACGAAGCAAGACCUUACAGAUGGGACCUCUGCUUUGACAAGAAAAGAGGUUGACAUACCUACCCUUGGUCCAAGAUCAGCACUGGUCUCAAUGUUUAGAGGAAUGGGCAUUGAGCCCUCAAUGACCUCAUGGGGAAGAGGAACAGCACCAGUGGGAAGAGGAGCAACUGGAGAUUUGGGUGAUGUGAAGCUGCAGCGUGUCCUAGUAGGUGUCAUCAGUAGCCCAGAAAGCAUCGGCCAACUUGAAGAGGUGAUGGGCAGAGGCAAUAGUUUCCAUGGCCGAGGUUUGUCCCCUCAGACGUUGGUGGGUCUUGGAAGAGCAGCAAUGCCUCACCUUGGGGUUGGAAGAGGACGCGCUCUUGCUACUUUUCUUCCAGGUCGUGUCGAGUCUGUUUCUCCAGCCUCUGAGCAACAAGCAGCCCAAUACACUCAAACUUCCCUUACAGGGACAACGGCCCCGGUGCCCACCACUGAAGAGGUUGUGCUUUCUGCUGUUGCACCAGCAAAGAUGGAGCUGAAAAUGGAGGAAGUCCGUGAGCCACCUAAUGAUAAGGCUGGAACAAAAGGAACGCCUGUAACUAUUGGCUCAAAUCACAUCCUGAUUCGAUGUAGGAAUGAAGCGGUUUAUCAGUACCAUGUUACAUUCACUCCAAAUGUUGAGUCGAUGGGAAUGCGUUUUGCCAUGAUGAAAGAUCACCGCUCGGCCACAGGAGAAGUAGUAGCUUUUGAUGGCUCCAUACUCUUCCUGCCUGUUAAACUGAAUGACGUGGUUGUUCUAAAGAGUUUGAGACGAACCGAUAAUGAGGAAAUUACAAUAAGAAUCCAGAUGACGAAGAUUUUGCCACCCAACUCGGAUCUAUGCAUCCCAUUCUACAAUGUGGUGCUCAGGAGGGUAAUGAAAAUCAUCGGGCUGAAGCUGGUGGGUCGAAAUCAUUACGAUCCAGAAAGUGCAGUCAUUCUUGGAAAACAUCGGCUGCAAGUGUGGCCGGGUUAUUCAACCGGUAUCAAGCGCACAGAUGGAGGCCUGUACCUGAAUGUGGAUGUGUCUCACAAAGUCCUGCGAAAUGACUCGGUGCUGAAUGUCAUGAACACGUUGUACCAACAAAGCAAAGAGAACUUCCGAGACGAAUGCACCAAAGAGCUCAUCGGCAACAUCAUCAUCACCCGCUACAACAACUGCACCUACCGCAUUGAUGCCAUUGAAUGGGACAAAUCGCCCAAAGACGCCUUCACUUUGAUGGAUGGCACAAAAACCACCUUUGUAGAAUACUACAGCAAGAACUAUGGGAUUGCGAUCAAGGAGAUGGACCAACCGUUGCUCAUGCAUCACCCGAAGGAGAGGUCCAAGCCAGGAGGGAAGCAAAUCAUUACUGGAGAGAUCCUUCUAGUACCAGAGCUUUCUUUCAUGACGGGAAUCCCAGAAAAAAUGAGGAAGGACUUCAGAUCUAUGAAGGACCUGAACAUGCACAUCAAUGUGAACGGUGAGCAGUACACACACUCAUUAAAACAGCUUCUAAAGAACAUCAGCACCAAUCCUGAGAGUACGAAGGAGCUCAGCCGAUGGGGACUGGACAUUGCCUCAGAAAUCAUGGUGACUACAGGUAGAAUUCUUCCACUUGAAACCAUCUGUCUGCAGUCUUCAUCCUUUACCACCGGUGCUGAUGUGUCCUGGUCCAGAGAGGUUGCUAGGGAUGCUUCCAUCAGCUCUAUCCCAUUGAAGAUCUGGGCCAUUUUCUAUCCUCGUCGCUGUGCAGAGCAGGCUGAAGAGCUGGUCUCCACCUUUAACAAGGUGGCCGGGCCUCUUGGUAUGCGUCUGGAGCGACCCAUUCGUGUGGAACUGAGGGAUGAUCGCACUGAGGCAUACGUCAAGAGCAUCCACUCUCAGCUCACCAAUGAGCCCAAUAUGCAGCUCGUAGUGUGCAUCAUGGUCGGCAACAGAGACGAUCUCUACAGUGCCAUCAAGAAGCUUUGCUGUGUCAAAAGUCCCAUCCCAUCCCAGGCCAUCAAUGUCCGGACAAUUUCCCAGCCACUGAAGCUGAAGAGUGUCACCCAAAAGAUACUCCUGCAGAUGAACUGCAAGUUAGGAGGGGAACUGUGGACCGUCAAUGUCCCUCUGAAACACCUGAUGGUGGUGGGAGUUGAUGUACAUCAUGACACCAGCAAGGUGCGCCAAUCAGUCAUGGGCUUUGUCGCGAGUGUGAACAGCUCACUGACUCGCUGGUACUCCAGAGUAACUUUCCAGACACCAACUGAGGAACUGAUCUUUGGCUUCAGAGUUUGCUUACUGGCUGCACUGCAGAAGUACUACGAGGUGAACCACAAUCUGCCAGAGAAGAUUGUGGUGUAUCGGGAUGGAGUGUCAGAUGGUCAGCUGAAGAUGGUGGAGCAGUACGAGAUCCCACAGUUGAUCAAAUGCUUCAAGACUUUCCCCAGCUACGAGCCCAAGCUGGUCUUCAUUGUGGUCCAAAAGCGCAUCAACACCACCCUCUACUCCUGCAAUGGAAACCAUAUUGGUACACCACCGCCUGGAACGGUUCUGGAUCACACCCUCACUCAGAAAGACUGGGUGGACUUCUUUCUGUUGGCACAUACCAGUCGUCAGGGCUCUGGACUUCCAACACACUACGUGUCUUUGUACAACACGGCAAAUCUCACACCAGACCAUUUGCAAAGGCUGACUUACAAGAUGUGCCAUAUGUACUGGAACUGGCCGGGCACCAUUCGUGUUCCAGCACCAUGCAAGUAUGCCCACAAACUGGCCUACCUGUCUGGCCAGUAUCUGCACUCAGAGCCAGCCAUCCAGCUAUCAGACAAGCUCUACUUCCUUUGA